AUGGGGGUCUACGGGCCCCCGCCCCUGACCCUGACUCCCCGCUCCGCGCCGCAGCUGCCCGGGCUCCGCCACCAGAUGGCAGCAGACGCUUUACGAUCGCUCCGCCGGGAACCAGCGCCCGGCGGGGCCGGGGCGCGGGCCAGCGGAGGCCACCUGCGGCGCGCCCUGUGGAGCGGGGCCGCCUCCUCCCGCCGCCCGCCGGGCCUGCGCCGUCCGCGACCCGUAGUUCUGGUCGCUGGGGAGUCGGCCCCAGCCCCUGCCCGGUCCUCUGGCAGCGGCCUUACGCGUUCAGGCGCAGGCGUGCUGAUUGUCUUGGUCGAGGCCAGAGAAGCUCAACGAGCCAGCAACUCCCGCGGGGAGACGCCGGGACAGGCAGUGAACGGGAGGCUGGAGGACAGGCCCGGCCAGAGCAACGCCCCUCGCAGCGCUCCCUCUGGACGGUUUUGGUGUGAAAUGUUCUUCUUAAUUCCGUUUUGGAUCCAGAUAAUUCAGAAGAGAUUGUUUAGUUUCCAAAUAUUACAGUGGGACCGCUGCCCUGGUUUCUCAGUGUGGACGUCCUCUCUCAGGUCCUUGCCUUCGCAUAAAGGGGGUGCUUGUUUUCCUGGCUCUGCAUGGCUGGCGGUUCCCUGGACACUGACAAAGAUUCUCUCCUCAACCAAACUCGACUCAGGCUCCCCUGAACGCUUUUUCAACCAGGCUUUGGCUUUUGGACUUUGGUGUUUGUCUCUGCAUUGGCCUAUUUUAGCAAGAAUCCUGCUAAGUCAGUUUAACCAGAACCCCCUGCCCUUGAUAUCUGAUCACCCUCGAAAUCUGGUUCUUCAUCCCCCACCAUCCCCCAGGUGAUGUCUGGUCACCCUGGCCUGCCUUCAGCAAGAAUCCUGUUAGGUCAGUUUAGCCCAAAUCCCCCUCACCCCUGAUGUUUGCUUAGUAAUUUUCCAUCCACUGACCUCCUCACCCUGCUCCUUGGCUAUCAAUUCCCACUUUUGUCAUUGUAUUCAGAGUAGAAGCCAAUCUCUCUCCUCCAGUUCAAGACCCCAUUGCAGUUCUCCCUACAUCUAUC